CAGAAACACAUGGGAGCAUGAUCUUUCAGCAGCGGGCAGACUGAGCAUGUAAAUAACUAUUUACACGGUCGAUGUAUUGCUGUACAAUCACCGGUCCAACGACAUGGUUUGGUUAAGCAAAUGUUGCUUCCGCAAGUAUGGCAACUUUGUUGACCACUUGCGAGUGUACGUGAAAGGAGGCGCGGGGGGAAUGGGCUUGCCUCGACUCGGGGGGCAGGGGGGAGACGGCGGAGACGUGUGGGUCGUGGCCUCCAAAGAUUACUCCCUGAAGAAGAUCAAGGACAAGUUCCCCGAGAAACGUUUUGUGGCACGAGUGGGGAAUAACAGCACUGUGCGGGCUUUGAAAGGACCGAAAGGAUCAAAUAUCGAGAUCCCUGCCCCUCCUGGAAUCACGGUCACUGAUGACAACGGAAAAGUUCUAGGUACGUUGAAUGUGUUGGGAGAUCGGGUGCGUGUGGCCAGGGGGGGCCGGGGCGGCUCUUUCCAGACAGACUUCCAGCCCAACAAGGGCCAGAUACGCCACGUCAGGAUGGACCUCAAGCUCAUCGCAGACAUGGGCCUGGUCGGGUUUCCUAAUGCAGGGAAGUCAACUCUGCUCUCUGCCAUUUCACACGCCAAGCCAGAGAUUGCCAGCUAUCCCUUCACUACGUUGAAGCCGGAAAUUGGCAAAGUGAUGUUCGAAGACUACAAACAGGUGUCGGUGGCAGAUCUGCCGGGGCUGAUUGAGGGAGCACACAUGAACAAGGGCCUGGGUCACCGCUUCCUCAAGCAUGUGGAGAGGACCAAGCAGCUGCUGUUUGUGGUGGAUGUGUGUGGCUUCCAGCUGGGUAGUCACACCCCAUUCCGGUCCGCUUUCCAGGCAGUGCAGCUCUUGACCAAGGAGCUGGAGCUGUAUAAAGAGGAGCUGUUGAGUAAACCUGUCAUACUGGUGGUUAAUAAGAUGGACCUGCCUGAGGCCGAUGAGAAACUGGAAGAACUCCUGCAUCAGCUGGGCAACCAAGAAGACUACUGCCACCUGCUGCCAGAGGGCACGGUGCCCAGGCGCUUCCCGAGCUUUGGCCACACGGUGCCCGUCUCGGCCUCCAGUGGCGAGGGCAUCCCCCACCUGCGGCAGCUGCUGCGCCAGUCUCUGGAGGAGCAGGAGGACCAGGCCACCGAGAGCCAGCGCCGGGACAAGCUCCACGACCUCCGCAGGGUCACGUCACGCACGUCGUCCACGCUGCCAAGGCCAGCGGCCAACCCCAAGUGGGGGCUGAGUUACGAUGCCUGAGGCUAACUCCCUGCUAAUUCCACGUGGAACGGUGGGUUACGUACGGCACUGACCAAACCCAAGUGGGGGCCGAGUUUUAUUGCCUGAGGAAAAAAGAUUGCAAACUGUUUGCAAAGGACCUAAUUAGAUACCUCAUUCGGUGUCAUUGAUGGCUAUAGACGUCAAUUUCGCUUCUUUUUUACAGCAAGUCCUUCAUCCUCCAUUUGGCGGUAGAGCCAUGAUUUAGUUCUUCAUCAAAACCCAUGGCAGUCUGGAGCUCUUGUUUUGAAAAUAGCUGGCUGCUAAUGAGUUCAAGUAGGCAACGUUUUGAACAUAGAUUUUCCUGAGGCAUCUUGCUUGAGGUCACAAGUUGAAUCAUUGAUUUCUUAAAUAAAUUAGGUCUUUUUCAAGCAGUGAACAACUAUCUCCUAAACCAGAAACUGGGAAGACGAAGCCAGUGACAAAGUCUGUUUGCUUCCAAAGACGUGGUAAAUGUUAUGGGAAGUGCUUAUGGCAUCACCAGAACUUGGACAUUGGCUGUGCAUAAGUGACUUAAAGAUGACCCCCC